AUGGCCAAUAAGAACCCGUUUCUGAAAACUGGAAAACGGAAAAGAAAGAAGGCAAAAAAAAAUGUUGAAACAAAACCAGACCAAAAACCUUUUUGUCCGCGAUUGAUGAUCAGAUACGACCAACCUGAUAAUUCAACUAUUGGUUAUAAAACAGUAUGGGUUUGUAGAAUGUGUAUGAAAUGUGUACUGCACGAGGGUGCAGUUCAAAGUCAUUUACAAAAGUGCAAGGUGGAGUUCAAAAACAAAACUACUGUUUAUGAACCCGUUAUACUGUAAGUUCUAGUAUUUUUCUGUUAGAUAAUUGAUUGAAAUGGGCACUUAUUUUAUUUUGUAUGUUUUUUAGUAAUGAAAGUCUAGAUAAUAGUUACAUUUGCCAGAUUUGUAAUAAUGUUUUUUCACGUAAAGUUGCAUUAAAGAAACACAUGGAGAAACACGAAAAUACUCCCGAUACAGAACUGUACGGAUCAGAAAGUGAAUGAACCCUCCAAAGGGUUGUAGACUGAUUGCAUCUCCAUAAAUUUAAUUGAGGAAUCAUAAUUUUUUUACAUUUUUUGAAGUUUUUAAUUUUUAAGUUAACUUGUUAUACUUUUUAAGUCAUAUUUUCUUUUUUAGUUCGUUGCCAGUAUUUUUAAUUAGAUUCCUUCAAUUAACAUCUGUACACACAUUUUAUGUUUUACAAAAGCUGUAUGUAUGUCAAAUUUAUAUUUUAUAAAAUAAUAUUUUACAUAAGCAGUAUACGGGUAGGUAAAGAUAAGAAUUCAAUAAAAUAAGGCAAUAUGGUUUAGAUUAGUUAUUCUUAGGCUUGCAAUAUCACUAUCGGUAAUAUCAGUAAUGUGAAAAUUAAAAACCAUUUUUAGUUCAUUUGUUGAGACUUAAAAUGCUUAUUUUAUUGCAUUUUUAAGAUUUUUUACUGCAUAUGUUCACAGUCCUAAUUAUUAUUAACAUGUUAAACGCCCCUGUAGCCCCUGUAGCCGUAUGUAUAAUUGGUAUAAUUCGCGAGUUUCAAUUACGGCAGCCAUGGGCGCCCAUUUCCAGCAAUUUAUAAAAGUAUGCAAUUUAUAAUUAAUUUUCAUAUUAAAAUAACCACUAAUAAUACAUAAUAUAUAAUCAUAAAUUAUAAUAAAAAUUUCAAAAUAUUUAAAACAAAAAAAUCAAAACAUAUUUUUACUUUGAAAUUAUACACUUUAUUAAAAUUAUAAAUUUCUAUAAUACAUUAUUAUUUUAUACAUCUACUGUAUGGGGAAUAUCAUUGUAUUAGUAGAUAUAUUAUAAAAUAACUAUUCAAAUGUGAAAUUAAUGUAUAAAUCUAUGUCAAAUAAAAAUAUAACUUACCUUUUGUUUCUUUCUAUUUCAUAUAACAGUAAAAAUUGUAAAUAAAAUAUAAAAAUCACGAAAAUUUAAAACCAACUAUUUUACAUAAUAAACAAUGGCGGACAAAAGUUUAAAAUGUUAUAGCGGCCUUCACCAUAAUAAGAGACAGGGUACGGCAUGUCAACUACAGGUUGACACCGGCGUUUAACGUGUUAAUAUUUAGUAAGGUUUAUAAAUUUAAAUCUGACUAGGUUUCUAUUGCCUCUGAUGUAGGAGUGGUGGUCUUAAGUAUUUAUUUUGUACAUAUUUAUACUAACUUUAUAAUUUUAAAAUAGUAACCUUCCCUCCGGUCUUUUCAACAAUGAUUAAAAAAUUUCUAAAAUUUGAUCUGGAUAAUACUAUUAUCAGAAAUACCAUUUAUGAACUAUAACAGUUUAUUAUUUAAACUGAGGAAGCGGGGGGAGGGAAUUAUUAUCUACUGGUGUCCCAUGGAGAUUUGAAAAGUAAAUUGUAUUAUUUAAUAGUUCAAAUUUUUUUUUUAAAAUUAAAGUGUCUAAAUAGCUUAAAUAAAUGGUUUAAAUGUUUUUACAGUUUUACCAUGUAAAAAUAAGCAAAUAUAAGUUUUCUGCCCAAAUUUCAUUUCUCUACAAAUAUUUUUUACUGAAUUGCAAAAACAUUGAAAAUAAUUAAAAUCAUUAUUUUUUUAAUUUCCAGUUUUUCUUACAUUUUCUUUCAGAUUUUCUCAGAUAUUAUGAAAACCGCUUGGAAAAUCAAAAAAUAACCUCCUAAAGUAUCAUCUGGACAAUUUAUUUUUUAGAAAUGGUGCCACAUGUACAAUGUCAGAAUAUGAUUUCUAGUAGACAUUUUUGAUACAGUAUAUGUUUGUAUAGAAAACAAAAAUACAAACAUAAAUAUCUUUGUAAAACCAAUACAUUCUUGGCUACAUUCAGAAUCUAAAAAAUGUUAAAUAAUAUUAUAUUGAUUAUAUCUAUUGUAUCUUCUGGGCCAAUGACUAUGCCAAAUGCUAAUGUAAGUCUCUUCACCACCAUUGCCUUCUCACAGAAAUGCGUCUAUCUACUCUAAAUAUAGCAGAAAAUACUAUUGAUGAUGCGAUGUUUUGUUUGGACAAUAGCAUAUGCUCUCCAUUUUAAAUUUUUAACACUGAUCAAAUCUUUUACUAUAUUUUUUUAAUCAUCAUUUUUUCAUUUAUAUUAAUUAUUUAAGAACUUUUUUUAUUAUACGUUUUUAGUAAUACAAUUUUAAAAUAAUAAUAAUAACAUACUGUAUUUGUAUGUACAUUAACUAUACUACAUAAUAAUUAAUUAUAAUACAUACAUACAUUUUAAAAACUCUAAGUCAAUAUUUUUUUCUUAAAACCUUAACUUGAAAUCCUUGAUAAGUCAAAAAAAUUGAAUUUCGACUUAUCGAGGUUCUACUUUAUUAUAUAAUUUACAGACAACUUUCAUAUUACAUCAAUUUUGUAACCAAAACUAAAUGCUUCGCUUAAAGCUGAUACAUAUUUUAAGACGUGAAUUAUAAAUUCNAAAUUAAAUUAAAAUUGUAUUAACUUGUUAAAAACAACUUGAUGAAUACAAUUUUAAAAUAACAACAUACUGUAACUGUAUGUACAUUAACUAUACUACAUAAUAAUUAAUUAUAAUUCAUACAUUUUAAAAACUUUAAGUCAAUAUUUUUUUCUUAAAACCUUAACUUGAAAUCCUUGAUAAGUCAAAAAAAUUGAAUUUCGACUUAUCGAGGUUCUACUUUAUUAUAUAAUUUACAGACAACUUUCAUAUUACAUCAAUUUUGUAACCAAAACUAAAUGCUUCGCUUAAAGCUGAUACAUAUUUUAAGACGUGAAUUAUAAAUUCAUUGUAAAUUUUUAACACAUGAUGCACAUCUUUUACUAUAUUUUUUGGUAAUCAUUUUUUCAUUUAUAUUUAUUAUUUAGUCACUUUUUUUUAUUAUAUGUUUUAUGUUUAUAUUAAUUAUUUAAGAACUUUUUUUAUUAUACGUUUUUAGUAAUAUAAUUUUAAAAUAAUAAUAACAACAUACUGUAACUGUAUGUACAUUAACUAUACUACAUAAUAAUUAAUUAUAAUUCAUACAUUUUAAAAACUUUAAGUCAAUAUUUUUUUCUUAAAACCUUAACUUGAAAUCCUUGAUAAGUCAAAAAAAUUGAAUUUCGACUUAUCCAGGUUCUACUUUAUUAUAUAAUUAACAGGCAACUUGGAUAUUACAUCAAUUUUAUAACUAAAACUAGAAUGCAUUAAAUACAUUGGACUGGAGGAGAUUUGCUCCUUGACUGUAAUAUAGGAAUAGAAGUAAAGCUUGGAAUGUUUACAUUUUACAUGCUUACAUCCACAGUUUACAUGUUUACAUCAUCAGAGUUAUAAUAGUUUUCUCAGUUCUGCAAAGUUCUAAGUUCUAUCUGUCCUAAUGGCUAAUGGGUAGAAUACAGGAGUAAAAAGAUAAACUCAUUCUAGAUAUCAUAAUUUAUAUUUUAAAAUGUUAAUUUUGUAAUUUUAUAAAAUUAUUUUGUUAUCACUAAUAAUUUUGACAUUUUUAGAAGACAAACACUGGUAUAAAUAACAUAAUAUUGGUAUUAUAGUACCAACUACUGAGUUAAGGUAAUUUUGCUAAAUUAAGAAGAUUUUCAUUAAUUGUAAUAUCAAUUGUAAUAUAAUCAAGGGAACAAUUCCCCCCAUAGGUUGUUAACAGUAUGCAAAUAGUCAUUAUUUAAAAUAUUUUUAAUUAUAUUUUUAUUGAUUAUUGAUAACAUUAAUUAUAAGAACUAAAAUAUUGUAUAUAUAUUCAAGUUGGUAUCUUUAGUCAGUAACCUGUGGUGAUUACAUAGAGAUAGACCUUAUUCUACUUAUGGCCAAUUUACACAAGUAAUGGACGGCCGAACUCGUCUUGCUGCUUGGCCGAGCAUCAAUCAAUAUUGAACGAGCCAGCGUCCACAUGCAUUUAUUCGCUCGGCCGAGCGACUACACACACUACUACGAUGUACCUAACAAUAAACUAGUCGCUACACACGCGACACUCGGCUGCAGGUGGUUUAGCCUAGUAAUGGACACUUUUGAAUAGUUUAUAUGCUCGGAUAGUUUGGAUAAACUAUCGAAUAUUUAGGAUACCGUAUAUCUUAGUGAUUGGGGGGGGGGGUAGUGCUGGAAUUAAAAAAUUAUAGAAGAAUAUGUGAUGAGAAAAAGUAGCGUUUCUUAAUUAUUAAAAUUGUAAUAUUUGAAUUCAAUAUGAUUAAGAAGCUAAAAUAUUUUUAAAAAAAAAUCGGUGUUUCGUCACUCCUUGACCUCCCCACCCAGCACUGAGUGGGGUAACCACUAAGCCCAGUUAAUAGAAAUGGUUUUUAUUCACUUGUUUGACAAUUUCACUAUCAUUAGACUGAAUACUGUACAUCAUUUUGGGUUAGAUUUAAAUAUAAAAUGUUAUUUUAAAUCAUAAUACCUAUAUGGUAUUUAAUAUAUGUUUUGUUUUGAAUUUGUAUUUAUUGUUCUAGGACUCAAGAUCAUACUAGAAGAUAUUGAUAGGUAUGUUAAAAAUUAAACCAUAUAGUUUUACAUACCUAUACUUCAGAUUAUUUUGUUACCAUGUUGAUUAUGUGUGCAUUUUUAUUAAAAGCAGGGUAUUCUUUCAUAGAUGACACAGAUAAGCGGAGGAAUGCAUUUGGACUGUGAACAAGGAAUUGAACAUUUUAAUUGCAAUAGUUGUGUUUUAGAUUUAUGCAUUUAUUUUCUAUAAAUAAGAAAAACACUUUUUUCUUUAUUAGUUACUAAUAAAACUUUUAGAACCAACUAAACCAAUUUAAAUCAACCUUCAGUUACAAACAAAUCAUCAAAUACACCAGUUAGUACUUUUGUAAAAUUCAUAUUGACUAUAAUUUAUUUAUUUUCAUAAAAUUGGAUCUUCAUAACGAUCUGUUUUACAAAACUAUUUAUAUUUAAUUGUAAAUGUAUUCUUUUAGAUGAAAAAACCUAAGAAAAAAGAAAAUGUAUCAAUUAAAACUUGGAAAACUAUCAAAAAUUCUUACCUCAAAAAAAUCUCCUAAUUAAGAUUAGAAGUACCAAAAGUUGCUGAAAAUCUUGAAAGUUGGUAUUCUCAAUACUACUUGUAACCUUAAUAUGCAAGUAGUUGUUACAGACUUAUAAUAUAAAAUAUCUAGUAAUAUACGGUCAUUAUUAAAGAAAUGGUUUGAUGCACACAUAUAAAGUGAUUUGCUUAAUGUGGCAUAUUGUUAUUUUCCAGUAUUUGUCUCUAGAGGUGCAUUGAAAAGAGAAAAGGUAUACAGGUAAUUUUUCAUCUGAGGUAAAAUAUAUAUAAAAAUAGUUUUUAGAUCCAUCAAAUAUUUCUUUAAAUAGGUAGCUUGGUAAUCAAAUUUGUUGAAAUUGACUUGGCUAAACCAAAUGCCACAAGGUCAACUAGGGAAACAGUGAUCACUGAUCUAGCAUUUGCUAAAUAG